UCUUAUAUUCCACGGACUCUUCGGCAGUAAAAACAACUGGAAGUCGAUCUCCAAAUCCAUUUCCGCCAAAACCGGUCGAUCUGUGUAUGCAUUGGAUCUGAGAAACCAUGGAUUAAGUCCACACACACCGGGAACUGAUAGUACAUUGAAAGCCAUGGCUAAUGAUAUCAAUCUGUUUCUCGAGGAAAAUAACUACAAAAAGGCGACACUUAUUGGUCACAGUCUGGGCGGUCGAGUAGUCCUCCAGUUCUCAUUUCUAUGGCCAGAAAUAGUGGAGAAGUUGGUUGUGGUGGACAUCAGUCCGUUGUCAUCUAUUCCGCGCUCAUUCUUCACGAAACCCUCGUUUACGGACGAGUUGUCCGAUUCGUUGCGAGACAUCCCUCAAGACAUGAGUCUCUCUGAGGCUCGAAAGCGAGUCAAUGACAAAAUCAAACCAAUUAUUUCCGUU